CCGGCGGCGGCUGUGCAGGCGUAUAAAUAGGCCCAAAGAACGGCAGACCGCGACAGUUACCAAUCGCAAUCCCAAUCGAACUGAGUUGAAUUUUUUUUUGAGUGAAUCACUAUAACAAUGGCAUUCAAGGUUGUCCUCUGUGUGGUCCUGGUGGCGAUCCUCGCCAGCGUUCAGGCGAAGCCCGGCGGUCCGGCGGCCUAUUCGAUCAGCGCCCCCAGCGUGGACCACGCCUCCGUGGGCAGCACCCAGGAGCACACGGUCAAAGGUCACUACGGCCAGUCCUCGCAGUCGGACUACGCCAGCCAGGUGCAGACGGCCCACUCGCAAUCGCACGUCCAGCGCUCGAGCAUCAGCAACGAUGCCGGCCUGGCGCCCGUCGCCGCCCACGGCUACGCAGCUGCUCCGACCCACGCCGUCGCUGCUGCGCCGGCAUAUUCCUUGGGCUACGCAAGCCAUACGGCACCCGCCCAAAUCCAGGGCGUGGCCUACGGCGGACACGGACACGGACACUACGCGGCCACGGCUCCGGCCGUCCAGAUCUCCGGACUGGGACACCUGGGCCUGGGUCACUCCCUGAACCUGGGUCACUCCCUGAACCUGGGUCACUCCCUGAACCUGGGUCACUCCCUGGGACUUGGAGGCUACGGGGGCUACGGAGGGUACGGCUAUGGGGGUUAUGGGGGCUAUAGUGCCGCCCCGGCCAUCGCCCAUGGAUAUCUGGCCCACGCCCCGGUCGCCGCCGCUCCAGUUUUGAAGUACGCCGCUGCUCCAUCGUACGCUCCCGGAAUCAUUGGACACGGCAUCGGACUAGCCGCCCCCGCCUACCCAGCUCACGCCUACGCCGCCCCUGCCUACGCCACGCAUUUGGCCGCGCCCGUGGUGAAGGCCGCCGUUGCCGCACCCGCCCUCGUCCACACAUCGGUCUCCGGCCACGGCAUUCACUAUGGCUACUAGGGGAUCCACCGCCCGUGCUCCAGCCCCCUCCACGCACACACACACACCCGUUCACCCAUCCACCCAUCCGUCUGGCUAACAACACUAAUAGGACCAAUAAUACCCAGAGCGUGUCGGUAGCUUGUCCGCCUUAAUUAAAACUCAAUUUGCUAACUGCACCGAGAGAGCUGACCUCUGAACUGUGAGGUGGAAUGAGGUGGGGCAAAGCCAACCGCCCCACCUGACAGCGCUCACCUGGCUAACGAACUGGAUGCGGGGGUAGUGGAUGCAUGGAUGCAUGGAUGCAGUGCCGCCACACGCUUCGCCUUUAUUAUCGUGCUGUUGGCCCCAGAGCUUAAACUUAUCCCCUCACAUCCCCCAAUGGCGAAUGCUGAAUGUGUUUUUUUUUUAUCGCGGUUGAAUUUACGUUGUAUUUAAACUUAUUUUGUAAACUGAAACGAAAUGCAAGUGGAAAUGUUGGAAACAAAAAAUAAACUCAUUGUUAUAACUGG